UGCACCACCAACGGUACACUUCCGGUUCCACCUCGCAGCAGGACUUAAGAUACAACGACGGCGGGAAGUUGUUAUCAUCAAUUUCACCACAAAUCAGUAUCAACCAAACGGACGAAAUUGUUAAACAUCGACAAUUCACUAUCUAAUAUUGAUGGCUUUGUAAACGGAAAUACGCCAACUGUAAACCAAGUUUAGCGGCGUGGGAUUCAGCUAACAUGGCUAACGUCGGAAACCAGCUACCAACACAGGCCGUUAGCAAGCCUGCACCAGGAAAACAUGGAAAUGUACUGCCCCUGUGGGGCAACGAAAAGACUAUGAACCUCAACCCAAUGAUUCUUACCAAUGUGCUGUCUUCGCCGUAUUUCAAAGUUCAGCUUUAUGAACUAAAGACCUACCAUGAAGUCGUGGACGAAAUCUAUUUCAAGGUGACUCAUGUUGAGCCUUGGGAAAAGGGAAGCAGAAAAACCGCAGGCCAGACUGGAAUGUGCGGAGGGGUGCGUGGAGUUGGAACUGGUGGUAUUGUGUCUACUGCUUUUUGUCUUCUGUACAAACUGUUUACACUCAAGCUGACUCGCAAACAGCUGAUGGGUCUGAUCACUCACACAGACUCUCCAUACAUCAGAGCACUUGGCUUCAUGUACAUAAGAUACACUCAGCCCCCAACAGACUUGAUCGAAUGGUACGACGGCUUCCUGGAUGAUGAGGAGGAGCUCGACGUGAAGGCAGGAGGUGGCUGUGUGAUGACCAUCGGAGAGAUGCUGCGGUCCUUCCUGACCAAACUGGAGUGGUUCUCCACUCUGUUCCCCCGUAUCCCAGUGCCUGUGCAGAAGAUUAUUGACCAGCAGAUAAAGGCAAGGCCUCGUAAGGUCGCACAGAAGGAGACGCAGGAGGAGGAAGCCACAUUUGCAGAGUCAGGAAGGCAAGAAGCUGGGAGACGCCGCUCCAGGACACCCAGACGGACACCGAGCCCCCGAAGGUCGCCCAAACGGUCAAGGAGCAGGAGCCACCAUCGUGAGAGGGACCGCCAUGGCCCCAGCUUCGACCGAGAGCUAGAGAGGGAGCGGGACCGGCAAAGGAAGGAGAGGGAGGGCAGGGACCGAGAUAGGGACAGAGGGGACCGAGGGGACAGGGAGAGACGGCGGUCCCGCAGUGCAGACAGGAACCAAGACAGACGAGAGCGUAAAAGAAGUCACAGCGGCAGCCGGGACCGAAGAAAUGAACGCAGAGACAAAGAAAGAGACGGCGGGGAUGAUAGGAGCAGGAGGAAGGACAGGGAUCACCAUAAAGAUAGAGGCACUGAGAGGGAGAGGUCCAGGGAUAAGAAGAGCAGGGGAGAGACUGAAGACAGGAGGCAUAAAGACGACAGGGAGAGGCACAGAGAAGAGAGGAAGGCCAAAAGGUCGAGCCGGAGUCGAAGCAGGGAAAGGAGGCACAAAAGUGGAGAGGAGAAGAGCAGGAAAAGAGAGCGCAGCCACAGCAGAGAGAGAGACAGGGAGAGAGACGGAGAACAGCGUUCUCACAAACGUAGUCGUAGCAAAGAGAGGAGUCAUCAUCAACGCGAGUCCAGUAAUGACCAUAGUAAACAUAGUGAACGCAGAAGGAGUCAGAGCACUGAGUAAAUGUUGCCUUGCAGCAAUAUUACUUCUUCUACUCCCUGUGUUUUUCUUCCUUUUUUCUACCCAGUUGUCUGGUCUGUCACUUGUGCUAAAAAGUAGGAAUGUUAGCACAUUGGACAUCUGGAGUUGUUGUCUUUGGCCAAUGUAAUGUUGCUUUACGUUAUAUGUUUUUCUGCCUUUUUCACUCCCAGUUAGACCAUUGUUAGUCUUCACUUGAAAUUUGGAAAGUGGCAAAAAAUGGCAUUUUAAUUUUCUAUGGUUCAUUGUUUUGCCCCAGGACGAUAUGGGUUUGUAUAUAAUGUUUUGGAAGCUGUCUACACAUGAUAAGUGGUCAGAGUUGCAUUCACUGCUGGGUUGGGCGCAGUCCGUGCUGAAAGCCCAGCGCAACACUGUCGUCAUAUAAUUUAUAAAGAAUAACUGUUAUGUACAGGCUGUACAAAAGCCAAUACACGCCUUUUUUAAAAAUUUGACUAAUACUACAGUGCAUAUGUCUGGAAUUUCUUUAUACUGAAGCUUCUUUGUCCGCUGUAUUCUGCUUAAACAUGCUUUCAACAGUCCAAAGUGAGCGGUUAAAGUUAAUAUUUGAGCAAAGCAGCGAUGUGGCCCAACGGUUGCUCAAGCCAGCGCAAAAUAUUUCUGUCGAUGAUCGUGUGUAGACAGCCUGAGAAUGUUUUAAUCCUCCAAAGGGCAGUAUGCAAAGGGUAAUUUUUACCACACACACUUGUGCCCUGCUUGUGUUGUGAUUGGGUUAUUGCUCUGUUGCAUUUUGUUUUCUAUUAAAACACUUUUAUGAACAA